AUGGAGACCGCGCCGAGCGAUGCGAGCGCGGCACUGGCGCUCGUGCGCCGCGCGGCGCUCGUCGCGAACCUGUCGAACCUCGCCUUCGGCUACGACGUCGGCGUCAUGAGCGGUGCGCUGCUCUACCUGCGGCGGCCGGACCAGCUCGGCUUCACCGACGUCCAGGCGGAAGUCGCCGCGAGCCUCUUCAACCUCGCGGCCGCGGCGGCGUCGCUCGGCGUCGCGGGGCCGCUCAGCGACCGCCGCGGCCGCCGCGCCGCGCUGCUGGUUUCCGCGGCGCUCCUCCUCGCCGGGUUCGUGUGCCAGGCGUUCGCGCCGUCCUUCGCGGUCCUGGCCUUUGGGCGCGCGCUCGCCGGGUCGGGCUCGGGCGUCGCGUGGGUCUCCGCGAGCACGUGUCGCCGCGUCUGGGCAAUUGGAUGGAUGCAGAUAUCUGCCUCGCCGCUAGGUACGCUCAUGGCCGAGCUCGCGCCGACGAAGGAGCGGGGGAAGCUCACGGCCGUCGCGGAUCUGGGCAUCAACGUCGGCAUCGUGGUCGGGUACGCGUCGUCGCUGGCGUGUAUCGGGGUCUUCCGGGACGACGAGCGUCGCUGGCGGUCCAUGCUCGGUUUGGGCGCGUCCCUGCCGGCGGCGCUCCUCCUCCUGCGAGGCGCGCUGCCCGAGUCGCCGCGCUGGCUUCUCGCGAACGGCCGCGCGGACGAGGCGCGCCGCGUGCUCGAGGCCUACCACGUGCCGGCGGACGCGGCGGACACCGCCGACGCGUUCGUCGCGCGCGUCGCCGGGCGCCGGCCGGCCGCGGCCGCGGCGCGCGCGAGCGAGACGGAGCGGCGGCGGUCGCUCCAGGGCUUCGCCGUCGCCGCCGCGGGGCAGGCGAACGGCAGCGAGGGCGUCCUGUACUACGUCGGCUACGUGCUCCGCGACGGCCUCGGCCUCGCGUCGCAGGUCCAGGUCCUCGCGGCGUCGCUCGGCGUCGGCGUCGUCAAGCUCCUCGGCGUCGUCGUCGCCAUGGCGCGCGUCGAGCGCGCGGGCCGGCGGCCCAUGCUCGCGCUGUCCGGCGCCUCCCUGGCCGUCACGCUCGCGCUCCUCGCGGCGACGGUCGCCGCGGGCGCGCCGAGCGUCGUCGUCGUCCUCCUGCUGUGCGCCUACAUGUUCGCGUUCUCGCUCGGGGCCGGGUCGCUCGCCGUCGUCGUCGCGACGGAGCUGCAGCCCGAGGCGAAUCGCGGCACGCUCGUCGCGCGCGCCGUCUUCCUGAACCGCCUCGCGCGGCGCGUGUCAUUCUACGCGCUCAAAGACAUCGCCGAGGGCGACGAGCUCACGUUCGACUACGGCGAGGAGUACUGGCUCCAGCGUGGCUUCGCGCCGGCGGACGACGACCGCGACUACUCGCCCGCGCGCGUCGCCGCGGAACGAUUCAAGCUCGCCGCGGCGCAGCGGAGUUCCGGGGACGCCGGGUCGAACCCGCUCUCGCGGCGACGGAGGCGCGAGCGCGCGCCGAAGGACGCCGCCGCGCUCGCCGCGCUCCUCCGGGACCGGCCCGAGCGCUAA